CGCUUGGUCUUCUUCUUUUUCUUCUUCUUCUUCUUCUUCUUCUGCCCCACGCUUCUUCUUCUUCUUCUUCAUUUUGUCACAAAGAUGGGAGAUCGUUAUGACCAAGCUCUUAACGAAGGUGAUCGCCAUCGUGACGAGUCUGACGACCGCGGUGACGAGUAUGACGAGGGCGUGCAGGGGGGGUCAAAAUUGUCAAAUCACCAGAGGGACUCUCCUCGUAACCAGGGUGUGGUUGGAGCUGGAACUGGGACCGGGAGGGGGACCAGGGAUUCUGUUUCCGUCAAAGGGUCCACUGAUUCCGGCCUGGGAAGGGACCUUGAUGGGGAGGCCUUUAAUUACCCCUCCGUUAAUCUAGUCAGCUAUCCACGACUUCCGUCAGCGACGUCAGGCGCCGCCGUUGACCCUCCUAUCCCUGUCUCCACACCAACGAUGGGCGUUCCCGCCGACCGGGCAACCGUCGUUCCAACAUACCCUCCUGUGCGUGCGCCGCCGUGGAUUGGUCCUGCUGGAACAGGGGUCGAUGCUUCAGGUUUGGGCCCAGGUUUCUCUUCUUCUGGACCGUCUGGUCCUACUUUCGCAGGUUGGAGACCGGUGAUCAUCGACGGCUCCUAUGGAGCGGCAACUGAAGGUGUGGGGAGUCGAGCGCCAGCUGGAUCUUGGGCCGGCGGCUUUGCAGCAGGAGGUGGAGGUGGAGGUGGAGGUGGAGGUGGUAUUCCGUCUUUUGCUGCCAUGUAUGGAGGAGAAGAUGAUGCAGUGGAGAUGCUUACCAUGUCUGGCUUCUUCCCGUUUCAAUGUCUUCCAAGUGGCUUUCGCACGACCACGGUUCGUGGGAUGAGACGCCGGCUUUGGAUUUAUCGAAUCCUCGGCGCGGCGACUUGCCUGAUCGGGCUGGCGUUCAUUCUUCUUCCGAUUUGGUCAGUGAAGGCAUUUGUCAUUCUGGUGGGAGUUUGCUUCCUUGCCAAUGCCACGACUCUGGUGGUGCUCACAGUGUGCUCGUGCGUCAUUGAUUCGAGAGCUGGCAGAGAUGCCUUCAAGCCCAGCGCCGCCGAUGUCGUCCUUGAUCUCCUCGCCGCUGCUGUCGACGUUGUGAUUGGCGUUAUCCUCCUCGUUCAUCGUUGGGGAUUUGGUGUGUAUUUUCUGUCACUACUCGUAGGGUUGUGGUUGCUGUUCAGAGGAGUGGUGGUUCUGUUCGCUAGUUGUUUUGUGCCUAGGGCUGGCGCUUCGUUGUUUUUCCUCGCGGGUGUGUUCUCGGUCGUUCUGGGAAUCAUUCUCUUGUCUGUGUGGCCUUGGCUCACUGGAUGGUUUAUCGGAUUGAUCCUAGGAGUACAGGCGCUGGCAUAUGGCUCUUCGCUGUUGUCAGUCAGCCAAUUCUUGUCACGAAUGUUGUGGGAACGUCGGCAGUUUCUGGACCAGAUGCAGAGUACAGGUGGCGUCUGAG